CCUCAUCAACUGUGCUUCUUAAGAUUCCGCUAGGCUGAGCAGUGGCAGAUGCGUAACGUUGCAAGCCGACGACCGUGCUACGUACAUUUUCGUGUCACGUGAAGUCAGACACCGGUGGUUGCCUAUCCUCUUAAUUCCAUAGGACUGCGUCGUAUACUACUUGUUGCCUUCAUGGCUCCUGAAGCCAUUACUUUUCGAGGGCGACAAGAUGGAGAAGAGUACGAGGAGCUGGAACAAAUACGACGUUACGAGGACUUCACAACCAUAGACUGGAUACAAGAAUCAAUCGCGGAAAGAAAUCGACGGAUACGCGAGGAGCGAGCGCGUUCAGCUUGUCGUGGGCCACGAGGUGAAAUUACACCUGCUUGGGUAUGGUCGCAAUUCCAAAGAUUGCUAAGUGCUGGGGAGUCGGCAUUUGUCAUGACGUUGGUCGGCGUUAUCAUCGGCAUUAACGCUGCUCUGAUAUCCAUUGUGACAAAAUGGCUUUCUGACAUAAAAAUGGGAUACUGUGCCGAUGGUUGGUGGUUGAACCAGCAGUUCUGUUGCUGGGAGGUUGACAGCGACGAGGAAUUUUGCCCAUCCUGGCACCCUUGGAGCACCGUGACCGCAGCACGAUGGCUAUUGUACGUUAUCUUCGCGGGUGUGUUUGCAUUUGUUGCAGCUCAUCUGGUUCGCACCAUGGCAAAGUAUGCUGCUGGGUCAGGGAUCUCGGAAAUCAAGUGCAUCCUUGCAGGUUUCGUAAUGCAAGGAUUUCUUAGUUUCUCGACGUUGGUCAUCAAAAGUAUAACCUUGCCGCUUGUCAUUGCUUCUGGCCUUUCUGUUGGCAAAGAAGGUCCGUCUGUUCAUGUGGCCUGCUGCAUUGGCACCGCCGUUGCCAAUUGGUUCCAGAAAUUCUCUCGGAGCCAAGGUAAGAUGAGGGAGGUCAUUACGGCCGCUAGCGCAGCCGGGGUGGCUGUUGCUUUCGGCUCGCCUAUAGGCGGGGUCUUGUUUUCAAUAGAGGAAAUGAACCAUAUUUUCCGGAUCAAAACCAUGUGGCGCAGUUUUGUCUGUGCGUUGGUUGCUACAUUUACACUUUCUGUAAUGAAUCCGUUUCGGACCGGGAAGCUUGUUCUGUUCCAAGUGACCUACAGUCGUAGUUGGCACUUUUUUGAAAUCAUUUUUUGGGUUAUCCUCGGCAUAUUUGGAGGACUUUAUGGUGCCUUUGUAGUGAAACUAAACAUGCAAGCCGCCGCCUUUCGCAGGAAACACUUGGCAAACCAUGGGGUGGCAGAGGCCGUUGUCCUCGCCGUGCUCACGGCGAUGGUUGGAUAUUUCAAUCGAUUCCUACGUAUCGAUAUGACCGAAAUGAUGUCGAUACUAUUCCGGGAGUGCGAGGGUGGCGGAGAUUACAACAACCUGUGCCAGCAAUCAGUGCAGUGGUCCAUGGUUAACUCCCUUCUCCUCGCCACUAUUAUAAGGAUGGGAUUUCUAGUCAUAUCCUAUGGUUCAAAAGUUCCCGCUGGAAUUUUUGUUCCAUCCAUGGCGAUCGGUGCUUCUUUUGGCCGGAUGGUGGGUAUCAUUGUUAAGGCCAUAUACUUAACGAAUCAACAGUCAGGAAUUUUCAGUUCUUGCGACCCUGACUUGCCAUGUAUCACGCCUGGCACGUACGCUCUUCUCGGUGCUGCUGCGGCUCUGAGCGGGGUGAUGCGAAUUACGGUUACCGUUGUCGUCAUCAUGUUUGAACUUACUGGUGCCUUGACAUAUAUUUUACCUACGAUGAUUGUGAUUCUCGUCACCAAAGCUGUCGGUGACCUCAUUGGAACACGCGGGAUUGCUGAGGAAACGAUUCGAUUCAAUGGUUACCCCAUUUUGGAGCAGGAAGAUCAUUCUCUGGACGUUGCAGUAUCAGAAGUCAUGAAAAAGGAUCUAACUGUCCUAUAUGCCUCGGGAAUGAGGGUCCAGGACGUUGAACAAAUACUUUCCUCGACUGAUGUCAAAGGCUUCCCUAUCGUCGCAUCAAAAUCAUCAUGCGUUCUUUCUGGUUACAUUGGGCGUCCAGAGCUACGUUAUGUACUCGAUCAAGCGCAGCAUAUGGGUGACAUUACGCCUGAGUCCGAAUGUUCUUUUGAUCGACAAGGCUCCACGGAUCAAGUUGACCAUGUUCUGUCUAACGUGGCGUCUGGCUCCGCGCUGGGUGCUGAGGAAGAGGUUGCUGCGGAACUAUUGGAGACGACAGCGUCAAAUGAUGUCCUCAAGUUAUGGCCUUGGGUAAAUCAGACACCACUCACGGUUCCUAUGCGAUUGCCCCUUGAGAUCGUCAUGCAACUUUUCAAGCGGAUGGGUCCUCGUGUUAUCCUCGUCGAAGACCGGGGCAAGUUGACAGGCCUAGUAACUGUAAAGGAUGUCUUACGUUUCAAUGCGGCCGCUCAGGGUUCAGGGGGGGAUCGACGGUGGGAUAGUGGUGAAUUUGAAGAAAUUCUCGAGGUCCUGUGGAACUGGCUAGCGGGUGUUGCAGAAACUGCCGUCGAACGAUGGAGAAGUAUAUUUCGACUGCACUAGUGGAAUGUACAUAUGGUGCUGCCAGCAAAUACUCGUUUUGUCUGCCUCGUUUUCUCCGUUACCGUGCGUGCGGCAGAUUGAAUUGACAAAUCUAUCUGAACAAGCACACUUACGAACGUACUACCACUGCAGAGAUACCAG